UAUCGAAAGCAAACUAAUAAUAGUGAAACAAAUCAUAUAAAAGUACUGAUUCCUUACUUCCCUACAUCAUUUUUUAUGUAUAUAUUGUCCCUAUAUAGCCAAUAACAAUAUAUAUUUAUAUAUAUAAACACUAUAUCUGCCCUUUUGUUAAUGAUCUAAUAUAUAAAUAUAUAUGUAAGAACCCUUUUGUCUUAAAAAAUAAUCAAAUUGCUCCAAUAUGGAUCAUGCCCUAAUUUUCAACCCUUGUCAAAAUUCGCAUUUUCAUAUCAAACCCUUGACUCGUUUCAAUUCUAAUACUCAAAAUACAAAACUGUCCAAUUCAAAACCACAUGAUCAAUUGUUGUUUUUGAGACCAAAACACAAAACCCUAGCUCAUGAUCAUCAACUUCUCAACACCACUACAACUACUACUCAUCAAGCUCGUCAUCAUGGGAGAUUUUCUCUAUCCGCAUUACCAUCAUCAUCAGAUCAUGAUGAUCACGAUGAUGAUGAUGAAGGUAAUAAUAAUGGCGAAAAAAUAGCCAAAAGUAAUAACUUGAGAGGUAGUGGAGUUGGUGCAACCUUGGCUUUAAGUUAUGUUCUUGGGAUCUUGUGUUGUGGAUCCAUGAUUGUUGUGAUGAGACCUCAAAAUGCCUUUGCUUCUUUUUAUAACCGUUUUCUAUCUAGAUCAUCGUCGACGUCGUCGUCUAGGGAUCAGGUAGCACCACGGAUGAUGGAUGAAGGUAUAAUCACUCCGAUAAGUGGUAAGAAUACUUUGACAACAUUCUUGCAAGAGGUUCUUUUCUUGACCUCUAACCCUAAGGCCCUUGUCAUGCCUUAUAACAUUCCUGCAAUUGGGUCCAAUGAAGAAGUUGUAGCUCUUAAGAAAAAAGCAAUUGAGCUAAUUAAAGUUGGAAAAAGAGAAGAAGCCUUGAAUUUACUGAGCAAGAAACGUGAAGAUAUUAUAAGAGACAAACUAUCACAAGAAAAAUACUUUAUCGAAAUGGCAAUAAUAGAAGUUCUUAUUAUUCUGGGGGAAUAUGAGAAAGCUUUGCAAUUGAGGUAUUUAGAUGAUGGCGAUAACAUCGAAUCAGAUAGAGUUCAACGUGAUUUUUACAAGGCCAUUAUAUACACCAUGACAGGCCAAAAAGACGAAGCAAGCAAGUUCUGGCAAGACUUUGAGGAGCGUUUCUCAGGCAGUGGCCCCUUCUCAUGACCACUAUAUAUAUUCAUACUCAUGAUCAAUAUUAUUAUCUAUUGUAAAACUUUAUGAUAAAUAUGCAUCACUUUUGUUUAGCUGCAACAAUUUUAUGUUCCAUAUAUGUGAAACAUUUUAUUUAACUAUAUAUGUUAUUGUUAUAUGCUAUAUGCUAACUAA